CUGCGACUAGCAGUUCAGUUUGAAGCCGCGGACAGAGUGCGUUGUCGUCGCGUCCUGCCGUGUUUACAUUUUGCGUUCCGCUCUUCUUCGCCGUUUCCCGCGUGUGCGGAGUGUUAUGGUGUCGUAUAUCGACGUGUUGACCGAGUGUUGAAGUGAGUUACAUUCCUGUCGUACAAGACUCACGUCACUGCGAGGGCAAGGACCUCUGUAAGUAGGCGCCAUUUCUAUUGUAAACAAUCGCCUAUACAACCCUCGCGUACAUCUCUCCCCCUGUAGUAGCCUGUACGGUGUACAGUGUGUUGUUUACUAGCCUACGAUGUGCUGUCAGUGAGUAAUACCGUGUAGAUAGGCAGCCACGUGUUUACCCCAUUCACCUCUACUGUAGACGAGGAGCUGUUUAUGGUCCCAAACCUGUUGUCACUUGAAAAUUUCAACCACUGUAAUUGAUUCUGCCACCGCCCAUUUCUCAAGAUCUGUCAAAUAUGCAAGACUGCCUGAGCGGGUUGGGCAUGAGGAUGAAGUGUGCCUGCGUACAGGCGGUGUCCGCCUCUUACGAGCGUCUGCCCAGCGUCGCGGCGUCUAUGGGCGAGCUCUCCAACCGCUACGACGACAAGGAGAACAACGACAAAGACGAAAUGUUGGUGUUCUUCAACGAUGACGACAGCUACCAGACCGUCCUGGCAGAAAGGAACCUCUGCUGCAGUGACCUGUGUGCCCUGCUCGCCGUCAAGAACAGAGUUGCCAAAGAUGUGAACUGGACUGUCGUCGAACACUGGAUCGAUGCUGGACUUGAAAGGAACCUGGAAGACCACGAAGAAGUCCUGGCGGUCCACCGGGAACUGGAGGCCUACUCCCAACACUCGCCCAAGAGGUUCAUCUUCAGGAAAGACUUCCGCAAAUACGAGUUCUUCGCCAACCCUCAGCAAUUUUUCCCUGAAGACAUGGUCGAUCUGUCGGCGUACAACCACGUCUUCCCUACGAAUGGCCCGACGUCACUUCUACAGACGAUGCUGACGACCACGGUGGAGUGUCCGCCCAUCUUCAGCCAAGUCUGGGUCCGAGAACCACACAAGCAAGUUUGGGCGAAGGCCUUCCUCUUGCUCAAGGAUAAAAAUCUGUACUUGUCGUACAAGGUGCAAAUCGUAGCCAAGUUCCUGAGACAGUGGAGAGUGAGGGAUAACAGUCUCGUCAUCAACCAAGAGAGGAUAGUGGAUGAUGGUGAACGUGGCAACCUGCAGCUGUUCGCACGUAUAAGUGACUUCAACAUCUACACCACCAUCAACGCCAAGAACCACCUGCGGGCUCCCACCGAGUUCGGACUCUGUCUGCGUGCGCCGGGGCAAGACGACCCGGGCGAACUGAGGUGUCUGGCGUGUGAGAACGAGAGAGCACGGACGUGCUGGCUUACUGCCAUGCGGCUCGCCAAGUAUGGAAAGCAGUUGCGGGAAAACUAUCGUGCGUUCAAGAACAAGCAACAGAUGGAGACUUUGAACCCGCGAGACUACAGCAGCUACACUGUUCCUAAUGAAAGUGUGCGGUCGCGGGUUGCGAUGGACUUCACGGGGCCGACAGGUCGGAUCGUGGAGGACCCCAAGGAGGCGAGAGCCAUCGCGCUGGCGGAGGGCAACACGUGGAAGAAGAAACUGCGUAACAUCAGUAAGAUGGGUGUGACGCAAGGGAUAGAGUCGGGUGUGCAUAUCACACAACCCUGGUUCCACAGCGGGAUGACCCGGGACCAGGCCACGCAGCUGGUCAACAAACACGGCACUGUCGACGGUGUGUUCCUGGUGAGAGAUAGUAGGACGACGGCCGGCCAGUUCGUGUUGACGUUCAAAUGUGGCGGGAAGGUUUUCCACAUGAUCAUUGUUCCUGUGACAGACCCGGCCAAAGGAGGAGUGUUCUACUCCCUUGACAACGGAGCCACCAAGUUCUACGACCUGUUACAAUUGGUCGAGUUCUACCAACUGAACGCCGGCUGUCUACCGACACGACUCACCCACUACCUGGUGGAAAGCCCCACCGGCCCGCUGUACACCGACAAGCCCACCGUGCCCUCGGUAUAACCCUCCACCCCGCCACUUAGUCUAGCACCACCAAUGUUGUUUUUCAACUAAUUUUAUCGGCUGUUAUCUAUUUAGCAUUUUAUCUAGAUGGCCAUACGUCUCACCGCGGCCAGACCACGGCCGGUGUGGCGUGGAUGUUCACUUAGCACUUCACACGUUAGCCUAGCGUAGUCUCGGAUUCGAUCGGUGCUUUUGUUGAGAUACAUCCGAUUUGUUUUAGUUUAAGAUUGAAGAUUUAAUAUUUGAAUCUAAGUCUACGUAUGGUCUCAAUAAAUAGGUUAUAGUUAAAUGUUCGCAUUCAUUAUCUAAUCCUAGAUCGAAUAAUGUACAUAAUUUUAAGUUAGAUAGUUGUUGAAUAUCCAUGUUGUCUACUUUUAUAUUUUUCUCUACGUUAAGUAUUUUAUCCUUAUAAUAUUUAUUGUUAAUUUAAAGAGUACGAUCUGCGGAUCUCAGAGAAGUCGUCAGGAGAGGUGUCGCCUCUUAGCGGCAUCGUAAAAUACGGUUUAUGUUUGGUGUAAUAGCUUUAAUAUUAUAAUCUAUGAAUUUUUUGGGGUGUGUAAACUUUGUAGUCAAAUUCUACUUCAGAAACUUCUUCAAGACUGUUCAUUGCUUAAAUCCUGUAAGAAAUUGUAAAUCUCACUCAAACAAAUCUUUUAAAUGUGUAUAUAAUAUGUAGCGUUUGUUUUUAAUAAUAUUAACGUAUGUUUUUAACGAUAUUUAUAUAUAUGUAAUUUUUUGACAAAUAUUACAACUGUUUGGCACGAUUUGCACACCUCACUUUACGUUGCCAUGUUCCGCACGAUGUUGCCCUCAUUGUAGAUAUUGGAGGUUACAGUAUUACAAACUUUACAGAUAAAUGUAGCUGUAUUGGCGUAGGCGGAAUCAUAAGACCCUGUUGUCAAUGCCAUGAAGAUCGAUGCUAUAGCAUUUUUUUGAGUGUGAAGUAGUUUAGGUUUCAAAUUAAUUUUUUAUUUUAGCCUCAGAAUUUUAAUGGUUACUGUCAUUUUUUCACUUUUUUGGUAAAAUAUUAUUUUAGUUCUUUGUACAUUUGGUCAUCUAAGGGAUUUUUACACUAGAAUGUAUAACCCUACAUGUUUUACUGUUAACAAGCAAUUCAUUACAUCCAAUUCAAAGUGUUAGAAUGUUGACAAUCUGUAUUUAUCUAUUUGUAUUUACUUGUUACAAGAGCUGACAUUCAAUUUUAUAUUGUUAUAAUUUAAAAUAUAAAUAUUUCAGUUUAUGCAGUUCUUCCAUAUUUACAUAUAAGUUCAGAAUACAGUGUUUAUUAUUGUUAAUAUGUCUAACUACUUGACUCUUAAUGUAUUCUGAAGUUAAGAUUAUAAUUGUGUUAUUAAAAUCAGUAUCUUGUUAGCAAUAAUUCAUUUCAAUUCGGAGUACAAAUUUUAGGACUUUCUCGAUGGAUUUGAUGAAUGACCAUUGUUAAAUUGAAUUUUAACUAAGUAUAUUUGAAAACAUGUUCUUUCCGUUUUAGUACAAAAGAAAUUAUGAAUUGUAUAAAGUAUUGAUGGUAUGUUUUAAAAUAUUGUGAGUUGACAUUGUGUAAAAGAGAAUUAAAAAUGAAUGUUUGAGAAUGUUGUACUCAACUUAAGUUAGAUGAGCAUAAAUUAGAUGAGCAUAAAUUAGAGUGGCGAAAAUGUAUAGUGGAACUUUGUAUAGGAUGUGUAAUAAAUUAUGUCCAGUUUUUGCAUAUUAAAUUGCCAUUACGUUUAGUGCUACAUUUGCAUUUAGAAAAGUCCAAUAACCGUAAAACGAGAUAGGUGUACAGUUAGUGUAAUCAAUGUAGUCUAAUUCAACAUUUUAGAAUAUAUAUUAUAACUAAAUUGUACUACGUCGAUUUUGAAAAUAAUAUGAAUACUUUUUGACAAUGAUUUUGCAAUACAAUAAUAAUACACAUUCAUUUAUCUAUUUCUAUGUGAAGUAUGGUACGUCAUACUCUCCGUUCUCGUAACUUACGCCUUAUGGGUUUUGCGGCCAGAUAAUAUAGUUAUAAGUGUGUCUAUGUGAGCAAUUAGUUGUAAUGAAAGCGUUGGCCAGUACUAUUGUUUACAGUUGGUGCUAAAUGCAGCAAAAUAUCUAUCGUGACUGAUAUCAAUAAUAACACAUUCGACCAUUUAUUCUUAUUGGAUUCCGAUCAAGACAAGUUACAAUGUGUUAUUAAAAUAAACCAAAAUGGUCUACCGUAUGGAUUAUCUGGAAACAGUUAUGAUAAAAGAAAAAGAGUCUCUUUUUAGAAUUUAAUUUAUAAAUAUUGUUGAAUUGAUUUGUACAAAAUGUUUAGGAAUUAAUUUAUUAUAACUAAUUAACCUAUUCUCAAAAAAAGGAGAACAAAUUUAAUUUUUAAACCUGAAUUAAUAUUUUAUUGAAACAAAAUUGAUAAUAAAAACUCUUGUUUUUUUUCCAUAAAAAUGUACAGUGUUUCAAGCAGUAAAAUCCAAAAUGAUAAAAUUUUACGAACCAGUUUACUUAAAAAUGUGAUUUAGGAUGUAGCUCGGAAUGAGACACAAUCAAAGGUCAAUGUAAAAUGUAUCUCGUGAGCGAGUAAUGUAUUAUUGUAAGUGUAUACUUGUAGAUUUCUACCCACGACAAUGGGACAAUAUUACCGCCAAAAACAAUAAAUGCAAUUUAGUUGGUGAAGUACAAACUCGGGUAGGCCCACCAUUGCACAAACUAACCGACCUAACCUAACUUAACCUGACUUGGGUAUCCGCUACCUAGCAUAACUAACUCAGUAUUACGUUGUAGUGGCCACAGGGUUUAGUUCUAGUUUAGUAGUUUUAUUUGAUCGUCUGGCUGUGGAUUAUUUUAUUUUGUGAUCACAGUAUGGUUUGUUCUGUUACUGUAACGUAAGGGCGCAAGGAGACCAAAAGCAAUCGAUGUAGUGGCCCUUCUGAGUGUCGUCUCUUGUCACUCUUAUGUCAGUCUGUGUCUACAAAGUUAAGUCUGAUUGUAAUGAAAAUGUAAAGUGUAUUUUUGAAUAAACAGAUUUAAUUUUGUACUUGAA